AUGGGACCUGCGCUAAGCGGUGAACGUGCCAAAGUGAGCAAGGAGCCAGCGACAUUGAUAAACGUGCCAAUAAUCCAGAAAUCACCCUGGUGUGUGCGUGCAAGUGUCACUAAACUUUUGAUAUCUUGGCAACGCACCAAGGUAGACGUUGGAUGGGACGACCCGCCAGCUUCGCGCGAAUUCACAUCAAACACAAGCGUUCUGAGGGAUGGUAAACUGGAUAUUCCGGAUGCUCAAACGAUUGCUCAUUGCGGAUACUACUCGUACACAGUAGUUAAAGAAACGAGGAAACGACACAUGCGACAUGAUUAUCCUAGAAUAUCGGACGAUGUGUGGGAUAGACUGGAGGGAAUUAGAAAGGGCAACCAGGAUGCCUAA